CAUGCUCGCGGCCUCCCUCCUCCGUCCGACCCUGCUGCUCUGCUGGCUCGCCGCCCCGCGUGCCGCCCGGCCGGAGGCGCUCUUCCACAGCCGGGACCGCUCCGACCUGGCGCCGGCCCCGCUGCGCCGCGCCCCGCCCAUCGCCGGCCUCCCCGCCGCGCAGCGGUUCCUGUCCAAGUACGGCUGGGCCCAGGGGCCCCCAGAGGGGUUCCCGGGGGCGGGGUUCGCGGCCCCGGUGCCCCGGGGUCCCCGCCGCGAUGGGCCGCCCGAGGGUCCUCGGGGAGCCGCCCUGGCCGAGGCUCUGCGCAGGUUCCAGAAGGUCAACGCGCUGCCGGCGAGCGGGCGGCUGGACGCGGCCACCCUGGCGGCCAUGAACCGGCCCCGCUGCGGCGUCCCCGACACGCGGCCCCCGUUGCCGGCCGUGAGCACCGCCCCCCGGGCCCCGCCGCCCCCGCCGGGCCCCCGGCCCAAGGCCCGCCCCAAGCGCUUCCUGCACAUGCUGCUCUCGGCGCCUCCCGGCCCGCACCCCGAGGACCCGCAGGCCGGGGGCGCCCAGGCCUUCGCCAAGAGGACCCUGAGCUGGAGGCUGGUGGGCGAGGGCUACAGCCGCCAGCUCUCCGCCGACCAGCAGAGGCACGUCUUCCGCCUGGCCUUCCGCAUGUGGAGCGAGGUGACGCCCCUGACCUUCCGGGAGGACCUGGCCGGCCCCGGGGCCUCGGUCGACAUAAAGCUGGGAUUUGGACGAGGCCGGCACCUGGGCUGCCCUCGGGUGUUCGAUGGAGUCGGGCAGGAGUUUGCACACGCCUGGCGCCUGGGCGAUAUUCACUUUGACGAUGACGAGCACUUCACCCCGCCCACCAGCGACAUGGGCAUCAGCCUCCUCAAGGUGGCCGUCCAUGAGAUUGGCCACGUCCUCGGCCUGCCUCACAGCUACAGGGCAGGAUCCAUAAUGCAGCCAAAUUAUACUCCCCGGGGGCCCGCGUUCGAGCUGGACUGGUCCGACCGGAAAGCAAUCCAGAGGCUGUAUGGUUCCUGCGCAGGCUCAUUUGACACCGCCUUCGACUGGAUCCGCAAGGAGCGGAACCCCCUCGGGGACGCGACGGCGAGGUUCAGCACCUAUUUCUUCCGCAACAGCUGGUACUGGCUGUACGAGAACCGAAACAACCGGACCCGCUACGGGGACCCCCUCCCCAUCCUCACCGGCUGGCACGGGGUCCCCGCACAAAACAUAGACGCCUUCGUCCACGUCUGGACGUGGAGGAGAGACGAGCGCUAUUUUUUUAAAGGAAAUCGGUACUGGAGGUACGACAGCGACAGGGAUCAGGCCUACACGGAAGAUGAGCAAGGACACAGCUACCCCAGGCUGAUCUCAGAAGGGUUUCCGGGCAUCCCGAGUCCCCUGGACACCGCCUUCUAUGACCGAAGGAAGCAGCUGAUCUACUUCUUCAAAGGGCCCUGGGUGUUUGCGUUUGAUGUCACCAGAAACCGAGUCCUCGGCUCUUCCCCGAAGAAGAUGACUGAGGUCUUCCCAGCGAUCGAGCCGCGGAACCACCCGCUCCGGAGCCUGGACGCCGCCUACUACUCCUACGCGCACAGGGCCGUCUUCCUGUUCAAAGGCAGCGCCUACUGGAGGGUGGCCAGCGACGGGGACAGGCAGCGGCGCCCGGGGCUGCCUCCCAACGGCCUGUUCCCCGGGCAGCCCAUCCCCGAGAAGUGGUUUGACGUGUGUGACGUCCACGCCUCCACCCUGAACAUGACCUGAGGAGACAGGCCCCUGGACAGAGCCAGCGGGUUUCUCUUCGGAGAAAAAGCCGACUUCUCUAGA